AAAACUUUAAAGAAGUGUGUAUCUGUGUCCACGCUAUAACACAGCAAAUGACACACAUUCUCUUUGUUUUGUUUGUUUUGGUGACCAUUAUGACCACGGCUCUUAAAGAAAGCCGAUCGUGAUAAUUGUAAGCAUUUUCUUUUCUGUAAGCUCUGCUCUGCACCUCAUGGCUCAGGUCCCACAUCUGCCCAAAGUAGCAUGUCGACUUCAGUCAUAGGGAUCACAUGUUGAGUUGGAGGAAAUGGAACACGAAACUCCUGACUCCUACAUCUCUGCUUCCGCUUUGGGAGCUCGCGCUGUUAUUUCUUCUGAUCUGAAUGAAAUGUUGUUAUUGUCUGCAUCAGACUCUGAGGAGCUUGAUGUGUAUGAUGAUGAAGAGUGGGCUGCCACAGAAUUGUCUCCUAAGGAGGAGCAAUCAGUGGCAUGUAAAGCAGGUUAUUAGCAGAAAAAGGAAAUGACAAAACUGUGACAGUUGCCCUAGUUGGUGUUGAGGUUUGUGGUUGGUUCUCAGUGUUCAGCUCUCCAUCUCUCACACAGUGAAGAGGAAGUGGUGAUGGAUGACUGCACUGCAAAAUCAUCACUUAAUGUAUUUACACAAGGCCUGUGAAGUCUUAAUCAUUCUGUCCAAAUUAAACUGUUAUUGCUAUGACUCAAAUUAAUCUUUUUUAAAUAAUAAAUGUCCAGAUUCAGAUCGACAAAAAUAGCAGUGAAAACUGUCACAUAUAAGAAUGAAGUAUGGAAUAGAAGAGCUACCUGAGGGUCUUCAGCUCUAAUGAACUGUUUGUACUGAAAUUGUUCUAGAUGCUUUUACUCCAGAUCUUAUAAAUGUAAUUUUAAACUUUAUCUCCACUAAAUACAUCUGAAAAAGUUGUUUCAUAUCAAACUCAUGUCUCAUUGGUGAGAGGAAAGUGUGUAGUGAGCGGAUAGAGACUGAACACACUGAGACAGGACUUCCACCUAGAGCUCUGAUGAAUGUGGGACGCUAAGCUAACAGUAAGGGAAGGUCGUGUAGAGCAGCAACAGAACUGCACUGAACACAACAUUCUUCACUGAUAAUGACGUUGAGGAGAAACGGAAACAUGCUGCUGAAUAUUUUAACAGAAAUCAGGACUCUCAGGACUCUUCUUCUCCUGCUGUGCUGUUUACUGUGUGAAGCUGGAGACGAGACGGUCACACUGCAGGAAGUGGAAGGAACCACUAUAACUCUCCAUACUGGGAUAACUGGAAUUCAGAGUGAUGCUCAGAUUGUGUGGUUUUAUGGACCUGAGAAAGCAGAGGAAAAGAUAUUGAAUAGUCAGGUGUUUAAAGGAGAAACUGUUACAGAAAUCAGUGAGAGAGUUAAAGAGCGACUGCAGCUGGACAGAAUCAGUGGAGCUUUAACCAUCAGGAACAUCAGCAGAAACGAUUCUGGAGUUUAUUUAUUACAUGUUAUUGCUGGACGUGUCUCAUCUAGGACUUUCAGUGUCAGUGUUUAUGCUCCAGUAUCAGCUCCAGUAAUAAGAAAUCAAAGAGGAAAGCGAAGUGUGUUUUCCACAGAGCCGUGUUUCCACCUGUGCUCUGUGGAGAAUGGAGAAGAUGUGAAUUUAUCCUGGUACAGAGAGAAUGAGAGAAUCUCCAUCACCAAUAACACAGAUCUCAGUGUUCCCCUCAAUCUCUCACUUCAAAUACAACACCAUGACGAGAACACUACCACUUACAUCUGUGUGUCUGCAAACCCUGUCAGCUAUAAAACAACUUCUCUCAGCAUCACACAGCUCUGUUAUCACACCUCAGGAGAAAACGAUCAUUCUCCUUCACUGCUUCCUGUCCUGAUAUCAGCUGGAGUUUUCCUGCUACUAAUACUAACAGGAUUUGUGUGGGUUUGGCUGAAAAGGAAAAACAUCAAGCUUGUAAGGAAACUUGAGGAACUGACUUACACUGAGGUGAAAAUUACAGCUCACAGUGGAGAGAGAGUUAAAAAGGAAGAAAACUCCAGAAUAAUGGAUGAUCAAGAGCAGUAUACCUUCGUGAUGUAUUCAGCUGUGAAGAAACUCACAUAAUUCAAUACAUAAUUAUUUUUCAAAAAGAACUUUAAAUGAUUUAUUAAUUUGGUCGUAAAUACUCAGUAUGUAUUGUGAGACAUUUAUAACUUUACAUGGUGUUCGUUAUGUUUAAUAACCAUUAGAGAGGAAUUAUAUUUCAGAUUCUAUUUUCUGAAUCUUGUAUGAACUAAUAUUGUUGUGUGUUUGUCUCGUCAUGUCACACUCUCACUAUAUAAUCAUGAUUAGUGACUUUAUGGUUAGCUAAAUUAAUGUCACUCUUGUUGUUAUUGUAUAUAAAAGUUUAUAUUCUAUUAAUAUUUGAUUACUUUAUUACACAAUAAAAAUGUUUUUUUAAUGCUUUAUGUGCAAUACAGAGUAUGACCACAAGGUGGAAGCAGAGCAUAAACAAAAUCAUGAUCAGACAUUCAGACAUUUUAUUCGCGACCUUCUGGUAAGAAUCUUACAGAAAUUUCUAGUCACGCGCUGUAACCAUACAACUGAAUCUUUUUAAAUGAAUCUUUGAAGUAAAAGAGUCAUUUGUCCAGUUUAGUCAAAAACACAUUUAAAGAUUCAUGGUUCAUAUU